UUUGUUUCAGCAAGACCAGACUAACACAGCUACAUCUCUAUUAUUGUUUUUCGAAGUGUGAGUGAGAAACAUUCAGUCACAAGGCAGACCAGCUCUCUGUGACUUUUUAAGGCAAAAAAGGACUCUGCAGGUGUGUAAGUUCUUGUGAUGAGUGGCCAGAAGGCUUUCUCUUGCUCUGUCUCCGGACAAAAUGUAAUGUCACAGCAGAAACCUGGGACCAUCCCAGUGAAAGAAGUCCUCCCGCACAUCCGAGGGGAUCUCCAGGGAUCGCUGUGGCCUUGUGGUCGAUCUCUGAGAAACUGUUGUCUGGCUGGCUCCAGCUGCCUGUGAAAAGGGAAGAAAUCUACGCAGCACCUGAAGCCUGCCUCCAGACUGUCAUGUGUGACCUUUAAUAAUUUACAUCAAUAAACAUCCUUCAGCACUGUUUCAGUUAACCCUUUGUCGGAAUUCAUUCCACCAUUGGUCCAGGGGAGGGGGAGGCAGGCCCAAUAUUAAUGAAUGCAUUGGCCAUGGAGCAGGCAACAGCAUGUGGCCCUGACACAAUGCAGAAUAUCUGCAGAUGUUCUAGUAUUUAAAAAAAUUGUUACAUUAGCCAUUUAAAAAAUAUUUAUAAUUCGGUAUAAAAUUAAGCAUGAAGAUAAACACAUUGUUUACCAUUCAAUGUGAGUGUAUUGAUGGAGAUUCCUAAAAAGUUGAUAAAUAGUCCAUUUGAUAAGAGUGGAUGUAUAUUUCUCUUGAAAAGUGCCAUAGAGGUCUUGGAAAAUGUCCUGCUUUCUCACAGAAGAGGACAGGCAAAGCAGGCUUCCCUCACUGCUUCUUGAAUUUGCUUGUCAUUCCCCCUUCUCUCCCACUUCUCUGCAGACAAUUAAGCAAACAAUCACAGGGGCUAAUCCUGCUAACACUUAUGCACAUAAGCAGUCCCAAUGAAGCUGAUGGGGCUACUUACAUUAAUACCCACCAGGAGGCUGACCUUACAACAGGUUCACGCCUGUGAGUGCAUUUUUUAAUAUUUGCCUUACACAGCUUAGCCAUAAUGAACAAGUGGAAGUGUUCCCUCCAGGCUGAGGUUUGGUACUGCUCAUAGGGCAGUGAAGGAAGCCGAUAUUGCCAAUGCCUGUGCUGUUCUAGUUCUUUGGAUAGACUGGACAAUUUUCAGCAUCGUUGCCCUUAAAAUGCACAAACCCAUUUAUGCAUAUAUUCAAUAGUUAAAAGAGAUAGUUAAACAUACACUGGAAACCAAAACCCCUCAAAAUACUAAAAAACAAACAAGCCAAGAAUUGUUAUGGAGUAAAAGGGCCAAUAAUAGUAGGGGUACUGGGCUGAGUUAUCUUACAUGAGCAUUGAAAGGGAUUAGAAAGCGAAACAAAAGCUUCCAAAAGAGCUUCUAAUUUAAAAACAGUGCACAUGAUUGAAAUAUUAUUGGGUUGUUCUUAAAUCUUACCGAUCGUCUCAGAAAUUUGAUAGCAACAUCUGUAAUGUAUAUUGCUAAUAUGUUUUAUGUUGUUCAAACAUAUAUUAGUAACUCUAUCAGCUGUGUGUAUCCUUUCUUUUCAUCUUUUUUUAAUAUCCAUUUCGAUCACUCCCAAAGAACAGGAGAAAGUUCCUCAUCUUCUUUUAAUAACAUAUUCACAUUUUUCAACUUUUACUUCAAACGACUAUUAUAAAAAUCCAAUACUAGAUGUUAGCAAAACUUUCAGUAAGCAUUUGUAAAUGAGGAUGUAAAACAUGUGGCAUGGAUUUUACUAAUAUUUAACAUAAAUGAGAUCUUCCUGGAUUCUAAUAGUUAUGAUAAGGCUAUAGUUUAGAAGAUUCAUCACCUCGCAUAAAGCUAUUUUUCGUAUCAAACUUGUCAGGAAAAGGAUGAAAGGGCCAAAUGUACUGAUUGAUGAAGAAAGGUGAAAAGAAUUAAAAAGGCAUACACUACUACAGUGACAACUGACGUGUGUGUGGGAGAGAGAAAACAGCUAUUCAAUGGUUAGAAAUACCAGAAAGGGAGGGAAAUUACACAGCAUGCAAAAAAGGGCUAUAAAAUUAGAAGACUCUUUAGAUUAAAUAUUGGGCAUAUCUGUGAGAUUAGUGAGGGAGUGGAACGUACGCAAAAUAAAGGCUGGCUGUUGACAUAGCUCAUUCUAUACAUGCAGUUAGGUUGAUAUAGUUGUGCCACUUGAAUUUUCCACACCCCUUAGUGACGUAUUUUACACCAAUUUGUAGAUCAGAACUAAGUCCUUGUAUUCUAGCUCUGGGAGUUUUUGGAUUGACUUCAGUAUGACCAGAAUUUCACCCAGAGUUUUGCCGUUAGUGGGGAACAGGAUAAGACACAGACUUCUGGAUAUGUAUCUGAUUUGAAAUAAAAGAAGGACACUGAAGUGGUUUUGGACAUCCUAGACAGAACAAUCCUAGUCAGAGGAUUAAGCUCCAGAGAAACCUGUGGCUCUGAAGGAAUAGGGCGGCUCUGCAGAGACCCAGAGCUGAGGGUAGCUGCUCUAGAAUGGCACUAGCUAAGAGACCCCAGAAAGGGAGGAAAGCAUAGGAGCAGCUCCUGAAUCAAUAUACAACAUACUCAGGGCAUGGUCACCUGGCAAAAAAUGCAUGGAGAAAUAAGAUGGCUUUCAAAGGAUUCAGAAUUUUUUUUUUAAUUAUGGUAUUGGCCUGUGUCGGUUUGUUUUUUUUCAAGCUAAAUUUGAUUGAAAUCUCUAUAUUUUGUCAAAAGAGGGAAGAAGUCACGGUCCUGACUUCUGCAACAUAUACCAGAAACUUUUUGCAUUUGCCAGAUAUAGACUGCCGUAGGACUCCGCCUUUUCUGGUACUCCUUGUGACCUCAGCACCUGGCCAGCUUGAAGCUAGGAUGGCUAUUCGUCAAACGUGGGGGAAACACAGACUAGUUGCUGGAAAACGCAUUGUGACAUAUUUCCUUCUGGGAAUAACCACAAAAGAAAGUGAUCUAAUUGAAAUUAUUUUUGAAAGUCAGAAAUACAGAGACAUUAUACAGAAGGAUUUUAUGGAUUCAUACUACAAUUUGACUUUAAAGACAAUGAUGGGAAUUGAAUGGGUUCACAAAUUUUGUUCUCAAUCCCGGUUUGUGAUGAAAACGGACACAGAUAUGUUUGUCAAUAUCUUUUACUUAAGUGAACUUCUUUUAAGAAAAAACAGAAGGACAAGAUUCUUCACAGGCUUUUUAAAGAGGAAUGAGCGCCCAAUACGAGACAGAGGCAGCAAAUGGUAUGUGAGCAAAGCUGAAUAUCCAGCAAGCACAUAUCCUCCAUUUUGCUCAGGAACUGGUUAUGUUCUCUCCACUGAUGUUGUUAGUCAGAUUUAUAAUAUUUCAGAAAGUGUCUCUUUUAUUAAACUGGAGGAUGUUUUCAUAGGACUGUGUCUCGCUAAACUAAAAAUCAACCCAGAGGAACUUCAUUCAGAACAGACGUUCUUCUCAGAUGAGGUUAGAUUCUCUAUUUGUCGCUUCAAGAAAAUUGUGACAUCCCAUCAUGUGAAACCUCACCAGCUGUUGAUUUACUGGGUUUUAUUGGAGAAAUCAAAAGAUGAAGAAUGCCCAGAUGUGUGAGUUAACCAAACUAAGAAAUGGACACAAAAAAGUGUCAAGACCAGCCAUUAGUAGGGUUACCACGUGGCGAGUAUUUGACUGGCGGGGCUAUUUUUAAAAACGGAUUUACUAGUUAAUAAUGUAAUUUGCCUUUUUUUACAUACAGCUAAAGAUUUGCAUUAUCAUCACAAUAAAUUGGGAUAUAUAAUGUGAA